CUCAACCGCCCGCAGCUCUCUCUAUAUGCGAUAAGAAAAGUUAAAAACAAAAACAGCUGUAAUACUCGAACGACAAUAAAUACUAUUAGCAGGUGAAAAUCCACAUUUUGAUUAGAUUGAACUGAAAAACUAGAGCAACCUGAGGGGAACACAACGUCUUCAGUCCAGGCGGCAACAUUCCUAUUUAAAUUUUUGAAUAAUUACUAUCCAAUGAGUGUUAGAUUGUUAGGGAAGUAGGUCAGUUUAAAAGUUUGAUUAGAUUGAGAUCUGUAGGAGGAACAGGUACCCAAAAACUUUUUAAACUGGCAGCAUAUUAACCUGUUAAGCGUGUAGGAUAUAAUUUAUUUUAUAAGAACAAGUAUAUUUCCGGUUAAUAAUUUACGAUGAGCCAGGUAAAAUCCGUACUUUGCGUGGGCUGCACUGUGAUCGACUUUGUGACCAUCAAUGGCAGUUAUCCCAAGGAGGACACCGAUCGGCGUUGCCUGGAUGGGUUUUGGCAACGUGGCGGGAAUGCCUCUAAUGUGAGCACGGUGCUCCGGGUUCUCGGUUCCAGGGUGGACUUCUUUGGAAUGCUCAGCAGAUCGGAUGCAUUUCGAGUGCUCCUCGAGGAUCUCCGAAAGCGGGAGAUCGGCAUUACGAAUUGCCCCCAGACGGACAGGGAUCCGCCCUUCUCUUCGGUGAUCUUGGCUCAGGAUUCCGGCACCCGCACUAUUAUCCACUGCAAUAAGGACUACCCGCAGACCACCUGGGAGGACUUCAGCAAGGUGGAUCUCUCUCGGUACGAAUGGGUGCACUUCGAGGCUCGCAACACGCCGCACACAUUAAAAAUGAUGCAGAGCAUUAGGGAACACAACGAAAGGAGCGGCCAACGCAUCAUCAUCUCAUUGGACUUGGAAACUAGGUACGAACAGAACCAGGAACUGUGCGCACCCUGCGACUUUGUGGUUUUCUCUAAGGAGCUUGCCGCCCAGUUGGGAUGGAAGACACCGCGGCAAACGUGUCAGGAGCUGGCCGCCAAUAUUCCAGGAAGGGGGCCCAAACCCGUUUUUAUAUGUCCCUGGGGAAGUGCCGGAGCCGGAGCAUUGGAUGCCAAUGGCAACUACCACGAAAUGGCUUCAUAUAAGCAGCAGAAUGUGGUGGACACACUGGGAGCCGGAGACAGCUUCAUGGCCGGAUUCAUACACGCCACUCUCGAGGGUCAGCGAAGCCUAACAGAAGCUGUGGACUUUGCCAACCGAGUUGCCAGCCACAAAAUCACCGGAUUCGGAUACGAUCAUAUUGCACAACUCAGCUUAAACUAAAACUUAUCUUAAGUCCAUCUUGGAUUAUUUGCAUAACACUCUUCGAAAGAAUUUAUUAACAUUAAAACUCGCCAGACAGAAAUAAGUUUUUGUUUAAAAAUCAAAAAAAUAUUACUAAUGCUAAGCACCAAUAUUAUUAAUUUUUACCAGAGAUUAAAAUAUUUGUUUAAACAAACAUAAGGACAUCGUGUUACAAAUUUUAUAAUA